AUGGGCUGCAAGCCCAACUAUGUCUGUCAGGACACCAAGCCCAACUGUGUCCGUCAGGUCACCAAGCCCAACUGUGUCCGUCAGGUCACCAAGCCCAACUGUGUCCGUCAGGUCUCCAAGCCCAUCUAUGUCUGUCAGGUCACCAAGCCUAACUGUGUCUGUCAGGUCACCAAGCCCAACUGUGUCUGUCAGGUCACCAAGCCAAACUGUGUAUGUCAGGUCACCAAGCCCAACUGUGUCUGUCAGGUCACCAAGCCCAACUAUGUCUGUCAGGUCACCAAGCCUGACUGUGUCUGUCAGGUCACCAAGCCCGACUGUGUCUGUCAGGUCACCAAGCCCAACUGUGUCUGGCAGGUCACCAAGCCCAACUGUGUCUGUCAGGUCACAAAGCCCAACUGUGUCUGUCAGGUCACCAAGCCCAACUAUGUCUGUCAGGUCACCAAGCCCAUCUAUGUCUGUCAGGUCACCAUGCCCAACUAUGUCUGUCAGGUCACCAAGCCCCACUAUGUCUGUCAGGUCACCAAGCCCAACUAUCAGGGUCUUCCCCAGGCCAUUUAA